AAAGUCAAUACAUGCUUUUUCAGGUUUUCUAAAAUCGCACAUCCGUGUGAGCAUGCGCAUACCGAUCCUUUCUCCCUCCCAGGAAAAUGUCUAAAAGAGGACGUGGUGGAGCUGCGGGGGCCAAGUUUCGCAUAUCGCUUGGUCUCCCUGUUGGUGCAGUCAUCAACUGCGCUGACAACACAGGUGCAAAGAAUUUGUACGUGAUUGCUGUGAAUGGAAUCAAGGGGCGGUUGAACAGGCUUCCGGCUGCUGGAGCUGGUGACAUGAUCGUGGCUACUGUGAAAAAGGGAAAGCCUGAACUCCGGAAGAAAGUGAUGCCAGCAGUUGUCAUUCGGCAACGAAAGCCAUUCCGCAGGAAGGAUGGCGUUUUCCUAUACUUCGAGGACAACGCUGGUGUUAUUGUCAACAACAAAGGAGAAAUGAAAGGCUCCGCCAUCACCGGUCCAGUUGCAAAGGAAUGUGCAGACUUAUGGCCAAGGAUCGCAUCAAAUGCCAGCAGCAUUGCAUGAUGUGUAAAUGUUGAAAAUAAAAUAUCUGCCUCCAAAUGA